UUCUCAAUCUUUCCUUCCUAUGGUGAACACCGAAAAACUCUGGAUCUCAAACACCUUCUGCUUCCGUAAAAUGCUCCUCUAAAGCACCAUUGACGAGUGCCAAUCUUCAGGUCAAGCUCGCCGAAGAAGCGAAGUCAGAACACUUCCAAGCUCCCUCCUCGUUCCGCGACUUCAGCUUAGACUUUUCUCCGACCCCCUCUUCAGCUAAUUGUGCGGUUACAGGUUGGGUAGUGGAAUACCAAGAAAAUUUAAUUGGACUUGGUGUGGACGAGUCCUUAGCUCAAGUUUGUUCCGAGAGUGGCUCAAUGGAUCCCCUCAUGAAUGCAUAUGUAGAAAGAAUGCAAGCUACCACAAGGAAAUGGUAUUUGAAUAUACUUGAGGCUGACAAGGUACAAGCACCUAAGAAAACAGAUGAUAGAAAGCUUUAUACACCAGCUGCUGUUGACUUAUUUAGAAUCCUUGGAGAGCAAGUACAAAUAGUUCGGGAGAAUAGCACUGAUGUCAUGUUGUAUAGAAUCUCUUUGGCUAUAAUUCAGGUGAUGAUUGAUUUUCAAGCAGCUGAAAGGCAGAGAUUAGAGGAACCUGCUUCUGAAAUUGGUCUAGAACCUCUUUGUGCAAUGCGUGUAGGUUCUAACACGAUUCCCAAGAAGAAGAAGCCAGUCAUUGCUGUGAAGAUGGUUUUUGAAUUGAAGACUACAAGGCCUAUCGUGCUCAUGUUUUGUUCUAGAUGGGAAUCGUGCUCAUAUUUUUGUAUAGAACUUUACUACUCUCUAUUGUGGAUGGGAAAUCACUAGUAUUGUAACUGAAUGGCUUAUUUUGGAUGGUGCAUGGUUUAUGACUCAUUUGAGGCAACAUUUAUAUAUAUAUGUAUUUGGGUUGAUCUUCUA